UAGUCAUGAAUGUGAGUGAGUUAACGUUAGUCAUAAAGAUGUCACCAACUAACCGGUGUUUUCAGUCACUGAGGAUAAUUUGAGAUAGACUCGACCAUGAUGGACGCUGACAGUUAGGCCGAACUAUGAAGUUAGCUUCAGCAUCGUCUAGCGUUAGCAUACAAUUCGUUAACGAUGUUAGCGCUUUGCUAGUUUCACUGCCGCUUUAUCCUGCUGAAUGUCAACUUGCACCGCCAUGAAAAAGUCUGCUGAGUCACUUUUGGUUCUGUUUAGGAUAUGACAGUUACUGAUGCUGCUGCCAUGCAGUCAGUGCUGAGCUCCGAACAUCAAAAGUCUCAGAAUUCUGGUCCAUCUGCACCUUGUGCCCUUUGGCCAGUGGACCUCAAGUUAACGCACUUGGACUGGAACCCUGAAGCAACCCUGAUACACUUCCAGGGACAGUACCUUACCAUAUGUGAACUUGACUAUAACAUCUUGCAAGGAGAACUACAGAACUUACCUAAGACUAAAGCUGCAGUGGAUAUUGGAGAGUUUUGCCUCGUAGAAGAUUUGACUUCAGCCCGCUGGUACAGGGGAAGAGUUCAGAAUCGAAAAGAGGACUUGUUUGAUGUUUUCCUCAUAGAUCACGGUAAUGUCUUGAGUGUCAACAUCGACCACAUUUCUUCGUGUUCAAACGACCUGUUCAUCCUGCCUCCCAAGAUAGUUUGCGGCUUUCUUGCAAAUAUACUGCUGCUUCAAGGUUUUCAUUCUGUAGUAGAGCAGUACUUCUCAAACCUGAUUGGAAGAAAUGUCACAGGUUACAUCCAAGCCCUCCUGCCUCACAAAGUGCUCUUAUUGGAAGCCUCUGACAUCAACAUCGACCUUGUUAGACAUGGGUUCGGGAGGCAUGUGGACACAGAUACUUUCCUCCUCUUGGUUGAGAUGCUCACAGAAGUGCCGCUCAAACAAAACAUAGAGCCAGUUCCUGACUUACUCAUUGAAAAGCCAAGGGGACAAGAAUUUUGCUUCAAACCAUCUGGUUUGCAGGGAUACGAAGACAUUCUGUCAUUCUGUGGGCCUAGAUUGAGUUGUGGGACACAUGCUAAAGUGCGUGUAACUGCUGCUGUCAACCCCGGGCUGUUUUACUGUCAGAGGGUCAGUAUGGAAACAGAUCUUUGGGAAAUGUCAAAGAAGCUGGCUGCAGUUUGUGAGGACAGAACUAAAGAACGCAAUCAGAAGACUCCAGAAAACCUGGGCUUACUGUGCUCAGUUAAAGGCAAAGAUGGGAAAUGGUACAGAGGCUUUGUGCAGUUUCUCCCAGUCAACGCUCAAGUUAGAGUUUUGUUCAUUGACUACGGAUUCUUUGAAACGGUCAAAGUUGACAACGUCCACAGGUUGACACCUGAUUUCUAUUCAACACCCAUCAUGGCGUUCCCAUGCUCGCUCUCCUUCCUGAGUGAUCAGGAUGAGGCGGUCAAAACACAGCAGUUGAGUUUUCUCAAGGCAGGCUUGCUUGGAAGAGUGUUAGAUGUGGAAAUCAGAAGUUUUGACGAAGGACAGCAUCUGUACUCUAUCACAGUAAUUGGUGUUGAAGAUAAUCAUGUGAAGGAACCGGAGCCCAUUCAAGAGCUUCCAAGAAAGAAGGUUUUUGAGGCAGAAGAAUUGUCAUCUCAAGGUGGCUAUUUAUACUAUGAGACAAUCAUCGGCAAAGCAUUAGGUAAAACCCUGGAAGAAGAAGAAGAGGUGAAGGUAGACUCUGUCUUUGUGGGCUAUGUUGAGCAUGUCCGGAAUCCAAACCACUUAUGGAUCAGAACACAAAAACGCAACAAAGAGUUCGAAGAAAUGAUGACAAAAAUGGCAGAUCACUUCAGUCAAGUGAAUCUGGAUGAAGAUGUACUGUUGAAUCCUGAGCUUGGGACACUGUGCUGUGCAGUUUAUGAGGAAGACAUGCAUUUCUACAGGGGUGUAGUGACAGACAUUCUUGAGCAUGGAGCUGAAGUUCUUUUUAUCGAUUUUGGGAACAUUGAGAAAGUGCCACACAUGUUGAUCAAGAAGAUACCCGAGACAUUUGCCAGCAAAUCAGCGUUUGCCUUCUGUUGUUCUCUUAAUGUUUUUCCUUUGGAUGAAGUCUGGACCAGUGCUACCUCUGACUUUUUCAGACGAGCUGUGUCAAACAAAGCCCUGCUAGUCCAUGUUGUUCAGAUGAGAAAAAACAAAUUUGUUGUUGAUCUCUAUGAGAUGGGAAGUGACAACAAGCAAAGUAUCACUGAGAUCUUAAUCUCUUCCAAACAAGCGGAAUGCUGGAACAACAUUCCUAUAGAGCCUGUGGUGCAAAAUAACACAGAUGUUACAGAAAAAACAAGGUGCCUAAGAUAUAGUGUGACAUCAGACAUCAAUGGGAAUACAGAGCAAUUGGAAGAUUGUGAGGAGAAAGAGAAAACAUGCAAAAAUGAAAUGGAGAAGGCCCAAGCCCCUGCUAACUUCAGAGUGUUACGCAUCAAGCCUGGGUGUGAGUUUGCAGUGUGUUGCUCUUACAUCAGCUCUCCAUCAGAUUUCUGGUGCCAGCCUCUAGAUAAGGUUCCAGCUAUGGAGGAACUGAUGGAUAAAGUUCAGCAAUAUUACUCCACUCACACAGUCCCCCUCCAGUCAGGGGAUUCAUGUUGUGUCGCCAAGUCACCUCAAGAUGGAAGAUGGUACAGGGCCUUCAUCAAAGAAAGACAGAGAGGUCAUGCUAGAGUGAUGUUGGUUGACUAUGGCUAUACCAUUCAAAUCAAGGAGCACAAUCUUCAGGCAAUAAUGCCAGAAUAUGUUUAUUUGGAAGGACAAGCUUUCAGGUGCAGCCUUUACAACCUGAUUGAACCUGCUGACCCCAAGAACUGCGGGAAUUGGAGUCCGGAGGUGUGUAACUCGCUGAAAUAUUUUGUCCUCGACAGCACCGGUGGUCUAAGAUGUAAAGUUGUCUCUCAGUGGAAUGUGAAAAACAAAGGACUGUGCAAUGUUGUGGACCUCGUCAACACUCAAACCCAACAGAGCCUAACAAAAUUGCUCUUGGAACAGGGCCUGGCAAGAGAAGCGACAAUCUCAACAAAGCAACUGUCAACAGCGUUUCCUGAGUCUUUUGUCUACUCGUCAUAUGAUCUAAGUCCUGGAAAUAAAGAACAAGUCUACAUCACUCAUGUUAGCAGUCAGUGGGAAGUCUACUGCCAGCUUGACAGAAACACUGAAAUCACAGAAGAGCUUGAAAAGAAAAUCUCAGAGGAGAGUGAGAAAAUGAUGCAAGCCAGUAUGAGAGCUGUUUUGAAGAAGCUGUGCCUUGCAAAAUACUUUGAUGGCAAAUGGUACAGAGGCUUGGCGCAUCCUGUUCAGUCGCCUCUGCAUCUCGGUGUAUUUUUUGUGGAUUAUGGAAACACAAACAUAUCAGAGAAAACCCACGUCAUGUUUAUCCCCAGAGACUCUACUGAUUUGUUGUACACACCCAUGCAGGCUGUGAGAUUUAGCCUUGCUUCAGUGUCCAAGGAAGAGCUCUAUGCAGAUGUCAAAGAAUGGCUUAAUGGUGCAAUCCUCAACAAGCAAGUGAGAGCCGUCAUAGUUGGAAAGGCCGAAGAUGGUUCAUUUGAUGUUGAACUGUUUGAUGGAGAUGUUAACAUCAAUGAGAAGGUAAAGGAGCUCAUUCUUAGUCUUUCACCUAAACCAAAGACAGUUGUGAGUUUUGACACGAGCAGCACAAAGACAAAGCAUAAAACUCUCAAAACAAGAAACACAAAGACUUCAGUUUGGUGCAAGAGUCCACGUAAAGGGCAGUCUUCGAGUUCUCCGACAUUGAAUGCCCACAGAGGCACUCAAGUUGGGAGAGCAUCCUGCAAAAAAGAAAACACAAAAAACUAUGUUCAUGGGAAAACUCAGAACAAUAACACAAAAGUAAAACAACAAAAUGAAGACAAUACAAAGAGCUGUGUCCCUAUAAAAUCUCAGAAAAACUCUCAAGUAAAACAACAAAAAGAGAACUGUGAUACAAACACAAAGUCAGAGCAACCCCAGUAUACAGAGGAAACGGAUGUCCCUCAGCUCUCACGUUUGCCCGACAUGAAAGUGAGCGCAGGUUUCAGGGCAAAGUGUUUUGUCUCCCACAUCGACUCGGUCAAGAGUUUUUUCCUUCAACUGUCAGAGGAUGAACCUGCCAUCUUAAAAAUGGGUGAAGAUCUCAACUCAGGUAUGUUUAGAGAUUCCUUGAAGACUACUACAUCUUUGAGAAUCAAUGACCUUGUUCUGGCUGAGUAUGAGGAAGACAGCGCUCUGUAUCGUUCUGCUGUGAAGGACUAUGAAGGAAGUUCCUGUUUCAAAGUUGAGUUUGUGGACUAUGGAAACUCAGCAGUCAUGGGGAAGGAGAAGAUUUACUCCAUACCAAAGGAGUAUCUCUCUCAGCCGAGAUUUAGCAUAGCAUGCUCCCUGUCGGAUACAAGCAGAUACAAAAAUGAUGCUUCUUUCACUGAUGCUGUAAUGGAGAAGCCACUCAUGGUUGAUUUUGUCCGUCAAUAUGGAACUCAUUGGGAAGUCAAGGUUGAGAUUCUUGAUGGAGCAGUUGGUCUUCCAGCAGCACUUGAAGCAGCUGUUAAUAGUAGCACUGAAACUGAUGAGCAGGCUCCUGCAAGUUCAACUGAAAUAGAAGAGAAAGUGAGAUCCUGUCAACAGAACUACCUGAAAAAAGAAGUGAGCGAGAAUGAAAUGACUAAAUCCAAAAGGUUGAUUCCUACAGUUGAUGGUGAAAACAUCAUGCUGAAACCACGUCCUGACACACUGUCACCCAAACUGAAGGUAAUAACCUGCUUGCACCAUAGAAGAACACCCAUAAGAAACAAGGGUGAUUCUAAGAAGAAUCAAAGGAAAACCGUGAAAUCCUCUGUCAAAGCGAAGAGUAAUUGUGCAGAUGCAAUCAUACUUACAACUAUUCGUGCUAGAGACGCGGAGAAUGGUACAGUUCUGUCGGUCCUGAGUAACGGCAAUUUUUACAUCAGACUAAAUAAGACCAGUGAACUGCUUGCUGCAUUGGAAUGUCGCAUAGCUGACCUAUACAAGUGCGAGAUGGUAGCUGAAGAGGAUGUCAAACAAGGCCUUAAGUGCUUAGUUCAGGUACACAAGGACAAGCAGUGGCACAGGGCUGUUGUUCAACAUGUAGGCCUGGGAAAAUGCCUGGUCCUCUUUGUGGAUCAUGGAAUAACAGAAGUAAUUCCAAGUGGCUCAAUCCGACGACAGCAUAGCAACCUGACAAAAAUCCCGUACCUUGCUGUUUUGUGUAAGAUGAACUGCCUUGGGUUCAGUGAGGGAGAGGGUGCUCACAAAUUUUGGUGCGAAACUCUCAAACCAAUGAUAGGAAAAGAAGUCAAGCUGGUAUUUGUGUGUUAUUCAGAAGCUGAUAAACUUUGGAUGGUUGAAAUAGUCAUAAAUGGACUGUUCCUCGUUCGUCAAAUCACGACCUCACUGCAGCAGAAUGAAGAGAUGAUCCUGUCACCCGCUGAAACCCGAAAUGAGGAAGCGGAAGGAAAAUCCAACUUGGACACAAGCCUUCCUCAGCAACUUAUCGUUGCUCCUAUUGAUAUGGACAAAGUGUAUUCUGGCUUUGCUGCUGCAGUGACGACUCCCUUCGAGUUUUGCGUUGUUCUGGAGGACUUGAUUCUCGUCAUGAACAAAGUGUCCAUAAUGUUGGAUGAUCUCCCUGGGCAGAUGUCUCCUCUUCCUGAAGCCCACCUCAUCCCUGGCACCUGCUGCCUAUUGAAAUCAGACACCAAGAACAAGUGGUGCAGGGCUGAAAUCGUACACGCCGACACCACAGCAGUCCUAAACCUGGUGGAUUAUGGGCAUUAUGAAUGUAUGCCAUACGAAGAUUGCUCUAAACUGAAGAGGCUCCCAGAGGAGAUAACGAACCUCCCAAAAGUGACUUACCCCUGCAUCCUGAGAGGGGUGAAGCCAGUUAGAGUGGAUGGACAGUGGACCGAUGAAGCAGCAGUCUUCUUCCAGCAAUGUUUGUACCAGAAGAACCUUCAGGUCUUCUUCAGAGAGUUUGUGUCAAACACACACUGGAAGGUGGACAUUCUGGCUGAUGGCGUCCAUGUUGCGAAGGAGCUGGUGGAUGCUGGACACGCCAAUUAUAUAGACAUCAUGCUAGGACUGAGGUUCCAGGAACAGCGCCCCUGUAAAGCUGCUCUUCAUAGCCCUGACGGUGAGGAAGAGUGUGGCCUGGAAGAAGAAGGCUCUGACCGGAAGUCAGAUUUUUCUUUUGAGUCUACUGAUGAAGCAGAGGGGAAGAUGCCACCAUCUAGUCAAUGUUUUCUGAUGUGAAGGCAGUCUGGAUUUAUUUUGUCGCUAAAAUGAGCAGCGAGGCCCUGCAGCAAGUUUACUGGAUGCAGCGAUUCCCUAUCACCCACCGUCAGAUUAAUCCAAGUGAGAUGCAUGGAGUCUCAGCACUUUGAGUGUGAGAGCUGCUCCAGAACCACAUUCACAAAAAUGUUACACUUCAAAUUACCAACCAUUUAAUUUACCUUAAAACGUUAUUAUGUAAACUUAGUUGUAUUUAUUUUGUUUGACUUAGUUUGAGUACCUUUUUUGAGGAUUUGUUCAGCAGCACCAUGUUAUUUUACUUAGAAGCAGGAAAUCUUAGUUAGUGAACAGUAUUAUGAUUUAAAUUGGGUGCUCUCCUCAUAGAGGGUCUUUAUAUUAAUAAGGUACAUAUGUUUUUCAUUUUUGUAUCUAUUUUAAACUGUUCAAAGAGUGCUUUUUGUUUAAAGAAAAAAGGUUGGACAAUAUGAACCGCAGUGUUUGUUUUGAGGAGGUGAACUAAAUAUAAAGUAGCCAUGCAAAUAUUUUGUUUAAUUUAAAAUGUUAUGUUUUAUAGGAGAUUUGUAAAUAAUAAUAAUAAUACUUUGUUAAUUUUGAGUUUUAGUAACCUUUGACAAGAAAUAAUUUUUCCAGAUUAAAACUGAUCCUAACAAAACUGAUCCAGUUACAAACCAAACUGUCAGUGCUUAUUACAGUUUGGUUUGAACUUUACAAUUAGUGCGAUGUUCUAUUGACUAAUAGGGGGACAUAGGUUCAUCAGGGGUGUGGGAAAACUGAAGUAAAGAAAGUUUACACACACAGGUAAAGGGUAAGUGUCACAGGUAAUGCUAAAACCACAAAUCCUGAAUGACCUCUACAGAAAUUCUAGUUCAUGCUCCACCACUGGAGUGCGCUGUUGAGUCAGGAUUGUUUGUUCAUAGGAAGUCCUGUACCUGGGACUACUGUUGGAUGCUGGAUCAUGCAUCCGUAACCAUUCAACCAGUAUUAAGUGGUGUCUGUUGACAUUGGAGUUUUACUUAUGUAUUCAGUGAAUGGGAAACUAACUUUACAGUAUGUGAGGUACAGUAAUGGCUGUCAAACCAGUGAUAAAUCCAAAUCACCAGAGCUGUUUAUACUUGUUCUGUGAAAGUGUAAAUGACAAGACCUCGCUGUCUGUGUUUUUUCUGUGAAUGGAGGGAUCACAAACCAAACCACCUGUCCCUAAAAUUCAUCUUUGAAGAGCUUGCAGGUGUUUUUAAUACAAAUUCUGCACUGUUUUUCAGUUCACUUGUGCUGCAGAUUAUUAAACUAAUUAUUUAACUAA